AUGAUCAGUUCUGAGUUAAACUCAAGAUGUCAAGGUGAUCUGAUAGAUCUGCAGUCAAACUCAGAUGGUGAAUAUAAGUUCAUAAUGGUGUAUCAAGAUCAUUUAACUAAAUUUGUGCAGCUACGACCUUUGAAAACUAAAAAGGCUGAAGAAGUAGCGUAUCACGUUCUUCCAAUAUUUUUAACAUUUGGUGCUCCAGCAAUAUUGCAAUCAGAUAAUGGUAGAGAAUUCAGUAAUCAAGUCAUAUCCGAAAUAUGCGCUAUGUGGAAAGAUGUUAAGAUAGUUCAUGGAAAGCCUCGUCACAGUCAAACACAAGGCUCAGUUGAAAGGGCCAAUCAGGAUAUACAGAAUAUGCUAACUGCAUGGACGAACGAUAACAAUACAAAUAAAUGGUCAGAAGGUUUACCCUUUGUUCAAUUUGCCAAGAACACUACAUACCAUAAAGGAAUACGUGAAAGCCAUGUUUGGCAUUAA